GCGGCGGCGGCGGCCGGGGCUGGCGCGGGCUGGCGCGGUUGGGCUCGCGGUCAUGGAGUGGAGCUCGGAGUCGGCAGCUGUGAGGCGGCACCGUGGCGGAGCGGAGCGUCGGGAAGGACCCCCGGCCCAGCCGCGCCCCGAGCGGGAGGCCUCGGCACUGGAGCCCUCGGCGGCCGCGGACGGCCGCGAUGGCGGGAGGACGCGGAAGAGGAGCCCGGGGGGCGGCAGCGGGGGCCGGGUAGCGGGGCCCGGGCUGCCCGAGGCGCGCACGGCGCUGGCGCUGGCGCUUUACCUGCUGGCGCUGUGGGCGCUCGUGCGGCUCUCGCUGCGGCAGCUCGUGUGGCGCGGGACCCCCGGGCUCCCCGGCGAGUUCGACGCGGGCCGAGCCAGAGAUUAUCUUGAGCAUAUAACAUCCAUUGGCCCCAGGACUACAGGAAGUCCAGAAAAUGAAAUUCUGACAGUACAUUACCUUUUGGAACAGAUUAAACUGAUUGAAGUACAAAGCAGCAGCCUUCACAAGAUUUCAGUAGACGUGCAACGGCCUACAGGCUCCUUUAGCAUUGACUUCUUGGGAGGUUUUACAAGCUAUUAUGACAAUAUCACCAAUGUUGUAGUAAAGUUGGAACCAAGAGAUGGAGCCCAACAUGCUGUCCUGGCUAACUGUCAUUUUGACUCAGUGGCAAAUUCACCAGGUGCCAGUGAUGAUGCAGUUAGCUGUUCAGUGAUGCUGGAAGUUCUUCGAGUCUUAUCAACUUCUUCAGUAGCCUUACACCAUGCCGUGGUAUUUCUCUUCAAUGGUGCUGAGGAAAAUGUCCUGCAAGCCAGUCAUGGUUUCAUUACUCAGCACCCCUGGGCAAGCUUAAUUCGUGCAUUUAUUAACCUGGAGGCAGCAGGUGUGGGAGGGAAAGAACUUGUGUUCCAAACAGGUCCUGAAAAUCCUUGGUUAGUUCAAGCUUAUGUUUCAGCAGCUAAACACCCUUUUGCUUCUGUGGUGGCUCAAGAGGUUUUCCAGAGUGGAAUCAUUCCUUCAGAUACUGACUUCCGUAUCUAUAGAGAUUUUGGGAACAUUCCAGGAAUUGAUUUAGCUUUUAUUGAGAAUGGAUACAUUUAUCACACAAAGUAUGACACAGCGGACAGAAUUCUAACAGAUUCUAUUCAGAGAGCAGGUGACAAUAUUUUAGCAGUCCUUAAAUAUCUAGCUACAUCUGAUAUGCUAGCUUCUUCAUCUGAGUAUAGACAUGGAAACAUGGUCUUUUUUGAUGUUCUUGGCCUUUUUGUCAUUGCCUACCCAUCCCGUGUUGGCGCAAUAAUAAACUACAUGAUAAUAAUGGCAGUUGUUUUAUACCUGGGCAAAAAAUUGUUUCAGCCCAAACAUAAGAAUUCUAACUACAUGAAAGACUUCUUGUGUGGACUUGGCAUCACUCUCAUUAGCUGGUUUACUAGUCUUGUAACAGUUCUCAUUGUAGCAGUGUUGGUCUCUCUUACCGGACAGUCUCUCUCGUGGUAUAACCACUUCUAUGUUUCUGUUUGUCUGUAUGGGACUGCAGCUAUACUCAAAAUAAUAUUCAUACAUACCCUUGCAAAGAGAUUUUAUUAUGUGAAUCUCAGUGACCAGUACCUGGGAGAAGUGUUUUUUGAUGUCUCACUGUUUGUGCAUUGUGCUUUUCUCAUAACUCUCACUUACCAAGGAUUUUGCUCAGCCUUCAUCAGUGCUGUUUGGGUAGUGUUUCCAUUGCUCACAAAGCUUUUUGUGCCCAAGGACUUUAAGCAGCAUGGUACCCAAGGAAAAUUUAUUGCCCUUUACCUUUUGGGAAUGUUUAUUCCUUAUGUCUAUGCAUUGUACCUCAUCUGGGCAGUAUUUGAGAUGUUUACUCCUAUCCUUGGGAGAAGUGGUUCAGAAAUUCCACCUGAUGUUGUGCUGGCGUCCAUUUUGGCUGGUUGUACGAUGGUGCUCUCUUCUUAUUUUAUUAACUUCAUCUACCUUACCAGAAGCACAAAAAAAAUCAUGCUUACUCUAAGUGUGGUAUGUACAGUUACAUUCCUCCUUGUUUGCAGUGGCACUUUUUUCCCAUAUAGCUCCGAUCCUGCGAAUCCAAAGCCAAAGCGAGUGUUUCUUCAGCAUAUGACUAGAACAUUUCACAACUUGGAAGGAAACGUAGUUAAAAGAGAUUCUGGAAUAUGGAUCAAUGGGUUUGAUUAUACUGGAAUGUCUCAUAUAACACCUCACAUUCCUGAGAUCAAUGACACAGUCCGAGCUCACUGUGAGGAGAAUGCCCCCCUCUGUGGUUUCCCAUGGUAUCUUCCAGUGCACUUUCUCAUCAGAAAAAACUGGUAUCUUCCGGCUCCAGAAGUUUCGCCAAGAAAUCCACCUCACUUCAGACUUAUAUCCAAAGAACAGACACCAUGGGAUUCUAUAAAGUUGACCUUUGAAGCAACAGGACCAAGCCAUAUGUCAUUCUAUGUUCGAACCCACAAAGGGUCAACACUUUCUCAGUGGUCACUUGGCAAUGGCACCCCAGUCACAAGUAAAGGAGGGGACUACUUUGUAUUUUACUCCCAUGGACUUCAGGCCUCUGCAUGGCAGUUCUGGAUAGAAGUGCAGCAGGUCUCAGAAGAACAACCUGAAGGAAUGGUCACUGUGGCCAUUGCUGCUCACUAUCUAUCUGGGGACGACAAGAGAUCCUCUCAACUGGAUGCACUAAGUAAAAAAUUCCCAGACUGGACAUUUCCCUCCUCCUGGGUGUGCACCUAUAAUCUCUUUGUGUUUUAAUGUUGUAGGUGGGCUCUAGGUACAUACCUGGUGAAUAUUUCAUGUGGCACAGUUACUUUCCAUGUAACGUGGAUGUUUGUUAAUGUAUGUCAUUGAAUUUUAAUGAGCAUAUGUUCAAAAAGCUUUUGGUUCACACUUUUCAGACCCAUACACUGUAUUAUGGGAUAAAUGGUGACACAGUGAUGCAUGGCCUUUUUUGACACUUGAAAAUGCCAGUUUUUCUGGUAUGUGUGGGUGAUUGUCCUCCUUAUAUGACCUAUGACAAAAGCCAGCAAAUUCCUUUUACUACUAGGCUCAAGGAAGAUGUAGACUGUGAAUGAGAUAAACAUAAUUUUCCACUUAAUGUUCAUUUGUUGUGUCAGAGAGUAGUGAGUUGACCACCACCCAUUGCUAUAAUUAAUGACCCCCACCCCCCAGUGAGAUCUAACUUUGCAAAUCACUAGACGAAGAAUGCCAGAGGACUGCACAAGAAGCACUGGGCCUCUGAGGCUCUAAAGCUGUAUUUCUUCAGGCAACCUCGUAGUGCUUUUCUUACUGAGCAUAAAUCUGUAUUUUUUUUAACUGACUGUAGAUAUGACCUGGUGACUCACUAUUCUGAGGUUAUCUUCAGUGCCUCUGAAACAUAAGUUUCUCCCUCACCAAUUUGAGAGGGGGACACUUUUCUAGCUGUAUUUCCCUCUGGGUUUUUGCUGGUGGGCUCAGAAAAUUGUGCAAGUACAGGAACUAAAUUUCCUUAGAACACUGAGUUACCAGUGUGGCUAUUCUGUGGUGGAAGGGCAUGGUGAGAUUGGGAGUAGUGGGCACUUUAUAAAAUAUCUUCAUUUUACAGGAGUCUUCUAUUAGUGCAAGGUUAAUCCUAACUUAGGGUGUACUUUUACUAAUGCACUGGGUUCUUCUGUUUUAUUUUCUAGUCAGUUGAAUGAAUAAUUUCUCAGUAACUUUCUGUGUAACGGAACUGGCUUCUCUGAGACUUGUAUAGGAUGAAAUCAGUAUACAGAUAACUGGUAUUAAGGUCCUGCAUGAUGGCGGCAGUAAGGCCUUAAAAGUGCUUUUCACUUUGAAGACAGGAGUGUGCGAGGUAUAGGCUCCUAGGUUAGUCUGAUAGGAUUUGGUGAGAUCAGUGGUUAAACUAUGCUGUUUCCUUUCCACGUUAAGAGAUAUAAAAAGUUACACUGAUUUUGAGUUAGCAAGCAUAGACCAAAGUUAGAAAGAAAAGCCAUACUACUCAGGUGAUACUGGAAUAAGAGAGGUGCUUCUUAAGAAGUACCCCUUCAUUCUGUCUGAGCAUAGUUAAAUGCAUUGCUUGUAUGACUUGGAUAAUGUGUUUUCUUAAUUGUGCACCUCAUAUUGCCUGACCGGUGACUCUAAAAACUGGGCCCAGGCAAACAGCAGAGCUGAAGGACAGGCAGCAUGGCCCCUGCACUGGCACUGCACACACAGUCAUUGCUUUUCCUGGACUUUCUUAGUUUAUUCGUCUCAACUGCUUCAAGUGUCUGGCUCCUGCCAAAUACAUCUGUUAGGUAGCACACAAGUUUUGCAGGGCUUGUGGCUUAUAAGAGUCAUUAUUUGUGGAGAAAAACUGUGUGGUAAUAUCUCAAUUAUUUCAGUGUACAGGCACAUAUUCUUUGUGUUAAUUGGGAAUAUAUUACUAGAGAUUAUAGAAAAAAGUAAAACAUCAUGUUGAGGCCAUUGUAUGAAUAAGUUCUCUGAUUUUUUACUUUGAUAAAGGGCCACCUUUUUAAUAAUCAUGGUUUUACCUUUGGCUUCUCUAUGAAAGCAGUUCUCAUUUGGAUUUUCUUUAGCAUCAUGAACCUGUGAUACUGUGCAAGUCAGUGACAGGAUACUCAGACUGAGUUCAUUCUAAUAGUCUGAGAGGCUUUAAUGUCAGAAAUGGUAAUUAUACACAGUAUUUAUGGCUGUCAAUAAGCACACUGUCAUAUCAAUAGCUACUGAGAGUAAACUUGUUAACCACCCCUCACUCUUUAAAAGAUGAGUUACUCCUUUCUAAAAGGGUCUUUCUGAAAGCUCUAGCAACUGCAUUUCCCCCUCCAGAGAAUCUAAAUGUAAAAGCACAGUACUGCAUAUUCAGGGAAAGUGAAAAAUUGUCAUUUCAAAGUAGCUCUUAGUUUGAUAAAGUGUUGGUUUCCACAUUUUAGUGGAUAUGGAUGAGUGCAUUAGGAUUCCUUAAAAUAUUAACAUAAAGGGAGUGACAAGCCUGCCUACUGAUUCAGGAAGAACAAGUGUGUGUGUCUACUUCUUUUUACUGGUUUGAUAUGUUGAGGAUUAAUUGUUGCCUUACAAUAUUACUGAAAUAAAUUUUAACAUAUUUGUUGGUAUCUUCUUAAACAAACAGAUCUGUUAUUUAUACUCUCUCCUGUAUCUCAAGGUUAUUUCAUGUCCACACACAGUUUUAACUGCUGGUAAAA